AUGGUAUCUCUUGCAGAGACAGGAAGGAGCAAGGAUGGACAGACUUUGAUGCCCCCUGAAGAAACUGUUUUAGCUUUUGCUGAAGUAGAAGGAAUGAGAGAGGCCUUGGUUGGCACCACUGCAGUGAACAGCAUCGUUGUUUGGAAUCUGAAGACAGGCCAGCUGCUGCAGAGGAUGCACAUUGGCUGUUCCUACCUGGCUUCCAUCUGCCACCGGGCGUAUUCCGACUCGGGCCUCCUGUUUGUUGUGCUAAGCCACCCCCACGCCGAAGAGAGCGAUCCCAGUGGAAGCCCCGCGUUCCGCCUGGUGGCGUUCAACCCCCGCACGGCCCGCGGCGCGGGGGUGCUGUGCUCCUCCCUCCCGCCGGGACAGGCCGGAAGGUACCUGGAGGGUGACGUGCAGGACACCUGUGCCGUGGCCGUGCUGAGCUCGGGAGCCAUCGCGCUCACAGCCGAGUCCCACUUCAUGAAAGACCUGGGUUUGGACAGUUUGGACCAAGUGGAAAUUAUCAUGGCCAUGGAAGACGAAUUCGGAUUCGAAAUUCCUGAUGGAGAUGCAGAAAAGUUAAUGUGUCCACAAGAGAUAGUAGAUUACAUCGCAGAUAAGAAGGAUGUUUAUGAAUAA